UACAAACAGACCAGGCAGGAAGAGACCUGCGUGUUAACGUUUGGGCAUAAAGACAUGAGAGACCCCUGCGGUGCCGGAGCUCGACUCCUCUAACUGACAGCCGUUACAAUGACAGAAUCGUUAAAAAUUGACAUUCAGUAUCAAACCGCGGAGAAACAUAUUUUUCACAAAACAAGAGCGACCCCCACCCCUCAAGAAACCAGGGUCAAAGUUCACAGGAAGCUGGGGGGCUGCCAUUUUUCCCUGCUACUGCUAACGUUAAACGUUAGAUGCUAAAACGACGGGGAGGGGCGGUUGGUGUCGGAUUUUGUAGCUAGCUGGUAUCAACCGAUCGAAAUCGUUACACAAAAUCCGUCAUUUCUCCGACCGUUGACGCUAACAACCAUUGUUAUUGGAUGAAUUCGGCAUGGAGAAGGUAGCGGAGCCGUCUUGGACUUCUUCGUACACCUAUCAGGUGAGCAAGCACAGUGCGGAGAUGCUACACAACCUCAACGUUCAGAGGAAAGAUGGAGGCAGGUUCUGCGAUGUGAUUCUACGCGUCGGCGAGGAGAGCUUCCCCGCACACAAGGCUGUGCUGGCGGCGUGCAGCGAGUACUUCGAGUCGGUGUUCAGCCGCCAGACGGAGGGCGACGGCAAGGAGCUGGAGAUGCACACCAUCAGCCCGAAAGUUUUUAAAGACGUUUUGGACUUCGCGUACACCUCCAGGAUCGUGGUGCGACUGGAGUGCUUCCCGGAGUUGAUGACAGCUGCCAAGUUUCUGCUAAUGCGGUCGGUCAUUGAGAUUUGUCAGGAGGUGAUCAAACAGUCAAACGUACAAAUCCUCGUCCCGACCUCACGGGGAGGAGACGCCAGCCUUUUCCAGGCCACGGGGGCCACGGAGCUGGGCUUCCCGGUGGCGCAGCAGGAUCUGGUAAACGGCACGGCGAUGCUGGUGAACGGUCAAAGCUUUGCUAACAAUGCACAGAUGCAUUUGGAUGGGGGUGAAGACACCGCCGCCGUGUUAUUGGAGGACGGCGGCGAGUCGUCGAUGCCCAUGUUGGAGCCUGUUGACGGACUGACCGUUUCCCCAUCAACGGAGAUACCGGGGAGCACGUUUCAGCACGACGCUGGCUCCCCGGGGUCCAAGAGGAACAGGGGGAGACCAAAGAAAGCUGGGGAGGCUGUACACUUUAACCACAGCACCCAGAAAGACAAUGGGCUAUUUCCGUGCGGGACUUGCGGUAAAGCUUUCACGGAGGCUUCCCGGUUGAAGAACCACGAAGCGCAGCACGGAGCCCACACCGGCUCCGGUGUAAACAACAACCACGGUGACAGCCUGUCAGCAGCGGGUGGCUUGUCUUUAAUGUCUCAGCCUGGUCUGGUGGAAAACGGCGUGCAGUUACACGGAGGGCUGACGCUGGAUAACGGCCGCAAACGGGAGAGGACCAGGCGGCACGUCGGCUGUGACAUUUGCGGUAAAGUUUUCCGCGACGUUUACCACCUGAACCGACACAAGCUCUCCCACUCCGGGGAGAAGCCGUACGCCUGCCAUGUGUGCGGGCUCCGGUUCAAACGCAAGGACAGGAUGUCAUACCAUGUGCGGUCCCAUGACGGGUCAGUCGGCAAACCGUAUGUGUGCCAAAGCUGUGGAAAAGGUUUUUCAAGACCAGACCACCUGAAUGGACAUAUCAAACAGGUUCACACAACAGAGAGACCCCACAAGUGCCAGAUUUGUAAUGCCUCUUUUGCUACAAGAGAUCGCCUCCGGUCACACCUUGCAUGCCAUGAAGACAAAAUCCCCUGCAAAGUUUGUGGCAAGUUUCUGCGAGCUGCCUACAUGACAGACCACCUCAAGAAACACAGCGAAGGGACGCAUAACUACUGUGGCAUCUGCAACAAAGGUUUCUCCACUGCGUCCUACCUUAAGGUGCAUAUAAAGACACACCAUGGCUCUCCACUGCCCCCCUCUGCCACAAUGCACACCUUCCCUGAGCCAAGGGGAGAGCUGCAGAUGCACAACGGCACCCCUUACCACAUGGGACGCCAGUGCUCAGUGGAAGACCUGUGCGCCAGUCGCCAGCUGCUUCUCACCUCGUCUGAGGCAGAGGGUCGCUUUCAUGGGCUCGCUGGACACCCAGCUCUUCCCCAGCCUGGCCCUCCAGCCUUGGGCCUGCAGCCUGAGCUGCUCUUGGGGAAGGCAGGUGGGGCUCCAUAUUUCUGGGAUUGUCGCUCUGGCGGGGUACCUGGCUUCCCCGUCCAUGGGCCUGCUGCAGACGGGCAGGAAAAUGCUGGGAAAUGUCCUCACCUGGAAUCAGAAGAAUCAGAUCCUUCAUUUGGGGACCUGUCCAACGGUGACGAGCUUAAAUCUCCACACAAACCUGACGGGCCGGAGCUCGAGAUGCCCUCUCUUGCCUGUAACGGAGCCUCUGCCGGGGCCUUGGGCUCUCCAGAAGGAUCUAAAGCCAAGACGGACCCUGAGAAGAAGUUUAGCUGUGGCAUCUGCGGCCAGGCCUUCCGCACCAAGUCCUACCUCAACAAGCACCAGCACAGAGUUCACAAAGCCCAGAAGGCCCAGGGGGUUUCAGGGUCAGGCUUAAAUGAGCUGGCCCCCUCCCUGACCUCUCCCUUCUCCCCUCAACAAAACAUGUCCCUGCUCGAGUCCUUUGGCUUUCAGAUAGUCCAGUCUGCUUUCGCCUCUUCUCUGGUGGAUGCCGACGCAGGUCAAAGCGGAAUCGACUUUGGAGGGAAGUGACAUGUUCGCUGAAGUUCUUCUAAAGCCUCUUGUUCUUAGGACAAAGCCGGGUUUCCCACAGAAGACGCUCUGUAUUUGGGAAUAACUUUGCCUCAAGGCGACUCUCUCUGUUCGUUGCUUAAUGUGUAUCCGAUAUUUUUGUCACAGACUGCCAUACGAUUCCUACUUUUUCUACUUUUUCAGAGUAUGAAAAGUGCGUGCACGGUGUUUAAAUUGUCUUUAUAAAGAAACAACAUGAAGGUUUUUAUUUCCUUUAUCUGACGUGGAUCUGUUGAAGUUACGUAUUCUUUCAGUUGUUUUCGGCUUGUGUGUUAUUGAGCUUUCUUGGCUGCACAAACGUUUCUUGACAUGAGAUGAAUAAUUUACUGCGACCUUAAAAAAAAAGUAACUACUUAUUGUCUGUUCGCCCACUUUAACUGCUCUGAUGUUCCCGGUGAAUCGACCCUUGGCCAUCGCAGUGAUUUUAAUGCUUCGUAUUCCCUGUUCUCUUGAACGUUGUAAACAUGUCUUUACCUCAGAGCAACAAGAGGGCUGAAUUGUGUAUUUAUGUUGCGUUCUGCUUCUUUUGAGACGGAUUCAGUUUUUCGUAAGGAUGGGGAUUUAAAUUGGCCCUUAAGUUUGAUAGCAGGUUUUCUUUUAUUCUGUAAAUUAUUCAGAGAAACAUUCCCAACAGACCCAAGGCAUUUUUUAUGACAUUUAUUGCAUUUUUCUCCUGCUUCAUACAGAAAGUAUCCUGCUGAGAGGCACUAAUAGCUGUUAUGGACCUUUAAUUAAUCACUAUUUAGAGGAUUACAGUUAAAAAGCACAACACACGUAUCGAUGAAACUUUGAAUUUGAACUGUUACAGCAUCCAUACAAAGAUCAUCUGGUGACAUAAAAAUCUGUCAAAAAGUAAAACGAAGAAAAAAAAAGUAAUUAAGCUACCUCACUGAAGAAAUCUACACCAUAUUGCUUUGUGUAUCAUUGAGAAUUUAAUUCAUUAGGUGUUAACCCUAAUUGGCUUGAUUUCUUUAAAAAAAUGUGAAGAAUUCAAUGAGCAAUGAAAUAAGAAAUGACCCAAAAU